CCCUCCUUUUCGCUGAGGGGCGUUGCUCCGGGGAACGGGUGGCCACGUGACGUCAGGCACCAUCCCCACAGGCCUCUAUUUCUCGUGCCGUUCUAUUUUCCCGCUAUCGUUCCCUGCCGUCGAAAAAAAGGUCCCUGAGGCGCCGCGUCAGCUUUGCGCCUGCGCCUUGCAGCCGGGGUCCGCGUGGAAGUGUUAGGGAAGGGUUGUGGGUGGUUUGACGAGCGGCGGCGGCGGCGCCCGAGGAGGAUCAACGGCCGGGGCGACGUUGUGCUUUUUGAGCGCCUCAGAGCUGGAGGAUGGCCGGCGACACUCCUUAUCUGGCGGUCCCCGCGGGGGACGAGACCAGCGAGAGCGACGACGACUGCUGGAAUACCGGCUUUGUCUCUGGGGCUCCGUUUCACGAGCAGUAUUUAGAUAAAGCAUUGCAGAUGGAUGAGAAAGAGGAAGCUUUGAAAAAAGCUUUGACUGCAGGAAACUUGCCUGCCAUUGAAGAACUCUUAAAUUCAGGUGUAAACGUAGAAACUAAUUUUAAGUUUGGAUGGACUCCCCUGAUGUAUGCUGCAAAUGUUGGAAAUGUGGAACUCAUGCAUAUUCUUCUAGACAGAGGCGCAAAUGCAAGUUUUGAUAAGGAUCAAUAUACAGUGUUAAUGGCUGCGUGUACUGCUUGUGCUUCAGAAGAACAGAUUUUAAAGUGUGUAGAACUGCUUCUCUCAAGAAAUGCUAAUCCCAAUGCUACAUGCAGGAAAAAAAUGACUCCAUUAAUGUAUGCAGCCCGUGAAGGCCAUCCUCAAGUUGUUGCUCUUCUUGCUGCUCAUGGAUCAGAAAUAAAUGUCCAAGAUGAAACUGGUUACACCGCAUUAACAUGGGCAGCACGGCAUGGACAUAAAAAAGUAAUCUUCAAGUUGCUUGAACUGGGGGCUGAUAAAUCGAUACAAACAAAAGAUGGACAAACAUCAGGAGACAUUGCAAAGAAAAACAAGCAUUCAGAGCUUUUUAGCUUACUUUCUUUGACGGCAAAUCCUUUUCAAGGAAGGUUCCAGUAUCUACAUAAAGAUAAGGCUCUUCCUGGUCUUUUAAAUGCUGUGCCUCAUGCGGUGAAAAACCACAAAAACAGUUCUUACACAGCUUUUGGUGACAUGGAACUGUUUUUACAUGGUCUUGGGCUGGAACACAUAACAGAAAUACUAAAGGAAAGGGAGAUAGCUUUAAGACAACUUCUGACUAUGAGAAAAGAAGACUUCAUACAGAUUGGGAUUGAGAACACCAGAGAUCAACAAAAAAUCUUAGAUGCUGUUAAAGAACUUCAAGUACAUGAAGUAGAGCUGGGAGAAUUGCCUAAAGUUGUAAAUGUGGAAUUCAGCGGGGAGGAGUUUUUUUCUUUUCUUGUGAAAUUAAACAGGCAGUGCAUUCACCUUACAAGUGCUGUACAGAGUGUGGUCGAUCAGUUCCCUACAGAUGCUCACAAGUUGGUACUUGAAUGGAAUUCCCCUCAGAGCCUUGCAAAAGUUUGUGAAGACCUUGUUUCCAAUGCUGAAGAUCUGAAUAGAGAAGCUACCAAAUUAAUAAAGCUCAUGCAACAGCUACAUGAUGGACAGAAGAAAGAUCCUUGCCGAAUACAACCUUUGGUCAAGGAAGCCAAAUGGAAAAAGACUUUUUUAAGAAUGGCAGCAAUAACCUUUUUAGGCUCUGGGUGUGUCUUUUUUAUCAGUAACUUAACUUCAAGGAAGGACUAAAUCAUAUGUUGAAUAGAUAAGUAUCAGGCACAGAUAUGAUAGGCCAACUUGUAUUUAAUAACUGGUAGUAACAUGUUUUUGGUUGAGGAGUUCAAAUGUUAUAAAACUACUUUAAUUUCUAUUCUGUAUUAAAAUUAGACCUGUGGCAUAUGUCCAUUUUCUUUGACUUUUUGGCAAAAUGUAUCCACACAUAACUUGUUAAUGUUUAAU